AUGGCAUCUUCCAGCAGCAACCACCUCACGCUCGGCCUCGCCAUCACAGCCGUCACGCUCGCAUGGGCGAGCACGGUCGGCGUCGUCGUCAGCCUCUACUUGCAGCGCUCGUCGGCGUCCGCGGCCCCGACCAAGCCCGAGGUCCGCGCCCGCGAACACUCGAUCUUGAACAAGGGCGACGCCAAGGUCAUGGACAAGCAGAACCUCGUCGACGUGCACAUUGCGGAUAUCCGCCCGCUCUUGCCGCCGGCGUGCUUGCUCGAGGAGAUCCCACGCACGGUGCGCAUUGCGCGGACGGUCAACAAGGGCCGACAGAGCGUCGCCAACGUCCUGCGCCGCGUCGACGACCGCCUCGUCGUCGUCGUUGGCCCCUGUUCGAUCCAUGAUGUCAAGGCCGCCAAGGAAUAUGCCAACAAGCUCAAGCCGCUCUGUGAUGCGCUCGAGAAGGACCUUGUCAUCAUCAUGCGCGUGUACUUUGAGAAGCCGCGGACGACGGUCGGCUGGAAGGGCUUGAUCAACGACCCGGACAUUGACGGCACGUUCAACAUCAACAAAGGCCUCCGCCUCGCCCGUGAGCUCCUCGCCGACAUCAACGAGAUGGGCCUUCCGGCGGGCUGCGAAUUUCUGGAUACGAUUUCGCCACAGUUCUUUUGCGACCUUGUGAGCUGGGGUGCGAUUGGUGCGCGCACGACGGAAUGCCAGCUCCACCGCGAGCUCACGUCUGGUCUCUCGAUGCCGAUUGGCUUCAAGAACGGCACGGGCGGGUCGUUGCAGCUGGCUGUCGACGCCGUCGUCUCGGCCGCGCACCCGCACUGCUUCCUCGGCGUGAGCUCCCACGGUCUCGCAGCCAUUGUUCACACCAACGGCAACGACGCUUGCCAUGUGAUUUUGCGCGGUGGCAGCACAGGUCCCAACUACGCCAAGGAACACGUCGACAAGGUGGCGGGUCUUCUCAAGAAGGUGCACCAGUCGGAAAACAUCAUGGUCGACUGCUCCCAUGGCAACUCGAACAAGAACCACAUGAACCAAGCCGUCGUCUGCGCCGACGUGGUAGACCAUAUCAAAAACACGCUGCCAUCGUUGCCCUUAUGCUCGAGUCCAACCUCGUCGAAGGCGCGCAGAAGCUCGUGCCCAACAUGCCGCUCGAGUACGGCAAGAGCAUCACUGACGCGUGCAUUAGCUGGGACGACACGGUCGCUGUCCUCCAUCAGCUCGCAGAGGCCGUCCGCGCGCGCCGAGCGACCAAGAAGUGA